ACUUCCGUCUAACAAAUGUUAGUGCUAUGUUUCCAGCUGCUGGAUGAGUUUGUGAGGGUCAGUGUUCAGCUGCAGUCUUUGAUAUUCCGCAGACCUGUCUGACAACUGAGAUGGGGAACUGUUGCAAGAAAACACAGAAAAAGGAAAAUGACCAAGAAUUGGAUGAACGGCAGGAAACUGAAUCAAAAAAAAAUGAAGAAAUCUUGUAUGUUACAGUAGAACACAACAACCCAACACAACAUAUUUCAAAUGAAGUGAAUCAAAGGGAUGACAACACUUGUGAAUAUGCAGUGAUCAACUAUAAUUGCAAGCAAGACACCACCAUAUCCGAACAAGAUACUCAAGAAUAUGAGGAAGUGAUACCCAAUUAAGGGACAGAGAGGCAAUUCCAUAACAUCACAGCUUAUUAUCUGACGGUGCAGUCUGCUCAGCUUUGCUGGUGAUUAUGAAAACAACAAAUACUGUUUAGUGACUUUACCGCUCAGAUUGGGAUUUGUUUCAUUGAUUUAUUGCCUUCAGAGAUGAAGAUUUAAAUUGAGAAUUAUUCUGGUGUUUUCUUUGUUGAUUUGGAUUGUUAUGGCUGUUUUUCAGGAUGGGAGUAGUGCACCACUUUCUCUUGCAUCCUCUCUGUUUCUCAUUUGUGUUGACAACCAGACAUCAUUUAAUUCAGUAAAUGAGAUUCUUGGGCUCAGUGGUGAAGCACCAUAGACCAUGAGGAGAGGUGCCCACAAAAUCUGUGUACACAAAAUUUCCACAUUUUUAUGAUCUCACUAACAUUGCAGAAGUCAGAAUCCAGAGUGAAACUAGACUCAGUAGAUCUUAAGCUUUAAUUUUGCAAUUUGUUUUCUGUGGUGGUUAGUCAAUGAACAUAUUCACGUAAGACUGUCAAUGUACUUUUAGUAAAAUAACAUUAUUUUACUACAUAAAAGGAAAUUUAAGAUAAAGCCCUACACAUACACAUAUAAAAAGAAAAUUUGGAAAGAUCUUGUCACAAUCAAUAAAAUGAAAGAUUCCACGCUUUUCCUGGCAAUAUGCACUCAAUCCCAGUGAAGUAUCACUCCCCUUUCCACUUUAACUUUUCUAACUGAACUGACAAUACAAUACAAAUUUCCUUUUGGUGACUUUCUGCACAUUCAACAAAUAUGAAUCUCUCAUCAAGACACAUGGACAGGCUAAUUCUUUGACCUUACUCUGACUUUGAGAAAGUGAGGACUGCAAAUGCUGGAGAUCAGAGUCAAAAAGUGUGGUGCUAGAAAAGCACAGCAGGUCAGGCAGCCUCCGAGGAGCAGGAGAAUUGACAUUUCGAGCAGAAGCUCUUCGCCAGGACUCUGACGUUAGCUGUUUUGAGGCAGCAAAAACAUACGACCUCUUUCCAGCUCUGAUGGCUUGAAAACUUCCAAAAUUAAAAUCUGCACCUUGAGUAGAAUAGAAAUUUUAUUUUCUGAACUUGACUGGCUUUUGGCCUAUUGCUAUCUGUCUUUUUAAUGUGGGCCAAAACAGCUUACGUCAACAGUAAGCAGCAACUAUCUCACCAGAUAGUAUGUUCACUCAUUAGUUGAUAUCAUUUGAUUUCCUGGAAAGGCUGUCUUUAGCUCUGUGUUCAAACUGGGUUUCUGACCCUUUCAUAAAAACAACACAUCCGAACUUCAUAACAUUGAAAAAUGAAAUACUAUUCACCUCAACAUCAAAAUUCAAGUUCACAAAAUAACAAUAAUAUCUAAUAAAUGUUCAUUACAAUGUCCUGAUUUAUUAAUUUAAUGCUAGCACAAAUCAAGGGAAUCUCUGCUGUCCAGCCACAGUUAAGAGACAGGUUAAGCAGUCAUUUGCAAUGCAGAAUUCUCAAAGACAACAAACCAGGAAAUAUCUACAUGGAUUAUUAUUUGUUAUUUUUAUAAGUCUAUCAUUAGGACAAAAUAAACAGUUUUGUUUAUUUAGAAUCUAGAAGGUGAUUUAUAAUUGAUUUUUAAAAAUAAUUUUUAUUCAAAACUUUCGGAUUUUUAUCAUGAUUGAUAUCAUUCAAAUAAAACAAAGUUUUUCAGGCUAGAGAAAUUCUUUAGCAAUGAUAAGCAUGGAAUUCACUGUUCAAAACUCAUAUGAACAGGUCAUAACUUUUUAAGUUUUUCAACAAUAAUCUUAAAAGAUGCUUGGAAAGUUUUCAUCAGACUAAGUGAUUUCCAAAGAUUACUGACAGCAACUUCUGAUUUAAUUUAACCACACGUGCACCGAUGCCAAAGUUGUUGUCAGUUUCACAGCUGUAAAAACAGCAAAUUCUGUCAUAAUUACAGCUAAAAAAUCUAGACCAGCUAGUUUCCUGUUCUGCUUUCUGAUCCCAUUUGAUAAGUAGUUGGAACAAACUGGGAAGAAUCUAAGAAGUUGAAAUCUAAUUUUUACAGUGGACUUCAAAUAUGCAAGUGAUCCAGUGAUAGAUUUGACAAUGCAUUCACUUUUACUCAUUCAUUUUAUAUAGAAUUCCUGUUUCAAGUAUACAAUAUAGUUAGUCAUCUGCUUCUUAAUGCUUAAUAUGUCAAAUGUAAUUAACCCUGGCUGCAUUUCAUGUAAAGACACUAGUGUAAAUUUAGUCUGAAUCCUUUUUUCUCCUCAGUGUUUUCUGUUUUUGUUUAAAUCAAGUGGGAUAACAGAUUAUUUGUGAAGUGUUUUUGUUUUCCUUUGAAGUUCAUAGAAAUCCUUACCCAAGUAUGAAAUUCUUAGCAAGAAAAUGAUGGUAGUGACAUUUUCCCUGGAGAGCAGAACAAAAUGAACACUGUUGAAAUGUGGUUUGUUUUUCUAUUGCAGUCAUUGAAGCAAGUUUUAAAAACCAACUGACGAUUUGCUGUCGUCCACUCUCCAGAAACAAUUUCACCUUCUAUAGAUUUAUGAGAAUUCAAAUGUUCUUCAUUUUAAAGAAGGAAAUUUUCAAAUUAGAUUUCCUUAAAAUGUGGUCUGCUCUCUAUGGUAAAUGUAAUUCAAAUUUCUAGUGAUUUUCUAGUUUCUAAGAACAGUUAGUAAAAUUAUUUUUUAAUGAAGAAAUAUUUUCUGAAUUUUAUGUGGUUAAAUAAAGAUUGAAAAUGCAAUGAUUUGUAUUAUUUUAAGACAUAAAUGACAUGUUAAUCAUACCUUUAAGCAAAUGGAUAAUUUUGGUAUAACCUAUCUAUGGUGAUACCACACAAACAGAAAUUGUUGGACAAACUCUGUAGGCCUGGCAACAUCUGUAAACACAGUGUUAAUGUUUUGCAUCCAUUGACCUUUCUUACAAGAAUGUAUUUGUUUCAGAUCUUCAGCAUCUCUUGUUCUUUGUUUUGUUUUACUAUCUAUUUCCAUAUUUAUUCAUAUUUUCAAUAACAGAUGACUUUAGGGUGGCAUGGUGGCUCACUAGUUAGCAUUGCUCCUCAGAGCACCAGGAACCCAGGUACAAUUCCAUCCUCUGGUGACUAUCUGUAUGGAGUUUGCAUAUUCUCUGUAGAGUCUGCGUAAGUUUUCUCCAGGUGUUCUGGUUUCCUAUAGAAAGAUGUAUAGGUUAGGCUGCUUGGCCAUGUUGAAUUGCCCAUAGUAUCUACGGAUGUGCAGUUCAGAUGGAUUAGCCAAGGGAAAUGUAAGGUUACAAUGACGGAAUUGGUCUGGUUGGAACGGUCUUCAGAAGAUUGGUAUGGGCUGAAUGGCCUGUUUCCACACCGUAGUGAUUUUAUGAUAAUAUUUCCAUUCCCUAUAUACUUCACUUGAGACCCACCAGGAGGCCAAAUUAAGUAAUAACUGAAUUUAAUGUUGCUCUGGAAGUGCCCUGUAGUCAAUGGCAGGCAGCAAUAAUUUUGAUGCGCCAGAAGAAGCAUUCCUGGACCCUUCAAAAAUCUAUGCCUUUAUUGAAUCUUGAAUUAGGCUGCCUGUUACCUCAUAAAAAUGGGCAGAGCCUGUGCAGUACCCAACUCUAUAACCUGUUGGACUAUAACUUGGUGCUGUGUGAUUUUCAACUUGUCCACCGCAGUCCAACACCGGCAUCUCCACAUCAUAUUUCCUCCAUGAUAUUGUUCCCACAACUAGAGAGGACCCAGAUUUUUAAAUAAAUAGCUUCCUGCUUCAAGCUAUUAUGUUGUACUCCUAUUUACAGAGUCAGCUGAACAUUGCAUUAGACAAGCCUUGGGAGUCUAAUGAGAAGUCAAAGUCCAUCAUUUUCUGAAUUUCUACUGUCAAUUCUCAACUUUAAGGCACAGAAUGGGCAGACAGUAGUUAAAACUGUACCUUAUCUUCAGAGAUAGGUAUGAUCAGUUGUUACAUAUGUGAGAAAUAUUUACUAAUGAAUAAAUGUGACACAGCAGUAACAGACUAAUAGGAAACUAAAUGGGAAUUAAAAGUGAUUAAUAUAAUAGAUGGAUUUUAAGCAAACCACGUAAUUAAAUGUCCAAAACAAUCUCUCUGCUUGGGUAGAAACAACUAAAAUUAAAUUACUGAUAAAUGUCUCUUGUUUGAAAAAUAGAUGCAGGAAAUGCCAUUUGUUCAGAGAACGUUUAUGAAAUGACCUGUUCUAUUAUGUAAAUUGUAUAUGCAUGUAUUUUACAUCAAAAUAACUGGAUCUCAGGUAGAGUUGGGCCUUAAGAAUGGAUUAGUCUGCUAACUUCUAUCAAAAUGUCUUUAUCCCCUCUCUUACUGCAAAUAUUUCUAUCCACCUAUCAGAACAGUAGAUAUUAGAGUAAAUUCAUCAAGGGUCAUGAUUUGGAGAUGCCGGUGUUGGACUGUUGCUCUGAAAGUUAGUGCUUCCAAUUAAA